AUGGGCAGUUCUCAAUUUGGGGAAGGUCUUACUCUCUUAGGCGAAAGGUUGGAAAGAAUAAAUUUAAAGAGUAAGUCGGGGAUUGCGAAGGUGGCUGGUACAUUGGUCUGCCUUGCUGGUGCAAUGCUACUAAGUUUUUACAAAGGCCUUGCCUUGACCAAUGCAUCGCACAAGCCAUCGGCACCUAACGAAGAUUCCGGUCAUUCCAUUAGAGGCAAAUGGAUAUUGGGGACUGUUGCUCUUUUCGCAGCGAUAUUCAGCUGGUCAUCGUGGUUCCUCCUCCAGACAAAAGUCAGCGAGAAGUAUCCUGCUCUCUACACUGGCACUGCCAUCGUAAUACUGAGCCCCCUAAAAAUUUUCAGCUCUUCCAGGCCAAAUUACGGGAGAAAACACACAAAUUCCUCUCUCGGCUUGGGUUUCGUGAUUCCCUAUUUUUCUCAAACCGCCUCCUCCGUGCUCUCGUCACCUCCCUCUUCUCUCUCAUUCUUCUUCCCCCGUCUUCCCUAUUCCUCCUUCAACUCCCUCCUGCAUUGGAACUUCGACCACAAACCCGACCUUCAUUAUUCCUCCUUCCCCUCCCUCCCGCGUUGGAACUUGGACUGCAAAUACGAACCAACAACCGCUCGAACUUCUCAGGGAUUUGAGGUCCUCACGGAACCAAAGAAUGCUCUUGGGAAGCAAUACAAGAAACUGUUCAGCAUGAACAAUGUAGAUGCAUUUGUGGUGGAUGAGGAGGCUAUUGGCUCAGGAGAUAAGCCAGGUCGUGGGGCUAAAAUCCUUCGUGGGGAUGGUGCUCUGGAUCAUUAUCUUACUAAGAACAAGUUAAAGGGUCCAGGGGUAAGAUUAUAGGAACCUAUUCUCAUGCUAGUAGUGCUACAUUUAAGAUGUAGAUUACAUUUAAAAUGUAGAUAGAAUUUCAUGAUUCAUGUGCCUUCAAGUUUAUAUUUGUUGAUCCAGAUAUCACUGCUCGUCAAAUAGUUCGGCUAUUAUUUGUAAAUAUUCCUCAAAUUCGAUUUGGGAGAUGAUUUGAGAUAAAUCAAAUAAUUGUUGGUA